UUUUCUCUUUCACUUUCUUAUUUUCUUAUGAGCCAUUUGUUUCGAGAUUAUCGAUUUGGCUCCGAAAUUGACAGUUCAGAAGGUCGUUCAGUUGCAUCUUCGCUUAUAGCACCCAACUCGGAUAGACCUUCGAUUCAAGAUAAUGCCUAUUAUGAACCUUUGACUUCAAGCUUACUCGCUAAAAAGAAUCAACUUGACAGUCGGGAGCACAAAGAAGAUCCGUCAAAAAAGACAAAAACAAAAUCCAUUUCACGAAAAGUGCCAAAAAAUUUUGUUGAUUCCAACGACUCGGAACGUGGUACACAAUAUCAUACAUCAAACAGUAGUCAAUCGGUAAAUACAAGUCAUGCUUCUUACAGCCAAAACACGUUUGAACAUAAUUCACAAUCAAAUACAGACAGAGCAAGGCGAUUUUCUGGACUAAUCAGAUUGUCAGCAGCUCAUAUUGCACUAAAAAGAAGCGAUAAAGAGGAGCAAUCCCAGCACGCCUUGUAUAAUAUAUUCCGUGCACUAUCGACGAUUGCUUCACGCGUCAUGAAUUGUCGUGUUUCGGAACCAAUGGAUACCCGUAUGUCCGUAGACGAGUUCAUUUCACUAUCUGAAUAUUUAAAGACAAUGAAGCCAUUUUCAAUAAGCGAUGAACAGCAGCAAUUGGGACAAAAUCAACCAAUUCCUGAAACAAUUCAUUCUGACUCUCUAGAAACUAACCAAUAUACAACUUCUGAAUUCAGCAAAAAAAGAAGAAAGUUUGGAAGCUUGGGCUACAUGUUUUCCUUUGCACCUUCAAGGCAUAUCACUAGCAAAUACAGCGACACAGAAGACGAAGAAGAGUCAAACGAUACAGAUAAUCUAUUGUCUCCCCCCUCUGCUUCUGAUCAUGACGCCACUGACUUUCGCUCCUCAAGUAACAUAUUUUAUUUCAUGUGUCAUGCGUUUCAAUUUGUUAAAAACUAUGUUCAACCAGUAAAAGACAAUUACAUACAGAUCCAAUUUCAAGGCUGGUCCUUGUUUCUAUUCUCACCUACUAGUCAAAUACGCUUAAUGUUGUGGAAAAUAAUUGGGUCCAAAUUUGAAUUGCUGUCAAAGAUAGUGGUAUACGGCUUUUGCUUGAACAAGCACUCGCUAAAAAAGCCUACUCUAUCUUCAAUCUUUGGUCGUGUUGUCAAUGUGCUAGGUAUGUCUUUAGCUGAACGCGAAUCGACUAUAAAAUAUCGACGAUUAUCCAUUCAAAGCCAAGAUAGCGAUAAAAGUGAUACGACAUCUAUUCAUUAUCUUCGGCAGCGAUUGCCUGCUUUUGCCGCUAAUCCACAGUCCCGCUCUACGUCUUUCUCAAGUGCUUCAAAUAUAAGUCAUCGUCAAAAUAGAAUACAAGACGAUGGUAGUGAUUGUUUAACCAAUGGUUCGUCUCAAUUGAUUGAAUCCUUUAAGCGAAGACCUCGCAAUGGUAAUGGACGCAAACAAGAAGACAUCAAUACAAACUUAGCUGCUGCUAAAUAUCAAAUCCUUGCUAGUCUUAAACCAACAUUAGGCAACGACUCUUCAACUGUACAAACACUUGAAGUAACUCACAAAGUCUUUUUAUCAAGUAUAGCCAACAUAAUUGACUUGAUAUCUAUUGGCUCAUAUUGGGUUGAUGUUGCUAUGCUGCUCUGCUUCCAUCAGUUGCCUUGGUCUGUCUUUCAAGCAUGCGCUUGUAUUCGAAUUUUUCGCUUGUUGGUACUGACAGAAGGCACAUCAGUCAUUAUGGAAUCUAUCUUCAGUAGUCUGGAUAUGUUAAAAAAUGUCAUGGGCUUCUUUGUCUUUUUCUGGAUUUUAUUUUCUCUGGCAGCACUUGGUCUUUUUAUGAACGCAUUUAGUCGACAAUGCGCAGUUUUACCACUAACUCAGAAUCAAACCAUUCAAUACGUUGAGCCUCGAAUCUCUUGCAGUGGUUAUAUUCUAAACGAAUCUCAGGAGCGCACAGGCGUCUUUGACCUUGAGUCCAAAACACAGUUUGCCUAUAUGGGUGCUGACGGGCAUUACUGUCAUUUCGGUCAAAUAUGUGUCCAGGAUUCAAUCAACCAACCUGAACAUGGUUACAUGAGCUUUGACAACAUCUUUUACGCCAUGCUUAAUAUGUUUACCAUUAUUUCAACUGAAAAUUGGACUGAUUUGCUCUAUAUCACACAAAACAGCAUAUCUACUAUAGGAGCAGCUGCUUUUUAUUCGGUUUGCAUUUAUUUAAUGACGUUUAUUCUCGUUCCUAUGUUUAUUGCUGUGAUUACAACUUCAUUUUCACGCAGUAGAGGAGACAUGCGACAGAGUGCUUUUUCUUCUCGUGAAAAGGCCUCUAAGAAAGCAUUUUUAAGCUCUAAAAAGAGUAGGAAAGAGCCUAAUCGUAUGCUUUCAAAUGAAGAAGAGGAAGAAGAAGAAAUAGAAGAAUGGGUUUACGACGAAAGUGCGGAUUUAAACAAUAGAGCAGCACAUACAAUUCUGAAAAGAAUGUCCAGACUGAAGAACUUGACGUAUACAAUGAUUUAUCAUGCUCGAUUCAAGUACUUUUGGAGCAUUAUGGUGUUGAUAAAUAUGAUUGCUAUGUCGUUUUUUCAAUCAAGUUUUUCUAUAGAACAUAAACAGCUUUUAGAUCUCUCUAAUCGAAUCUUUAACAUCAUGUUUGUUCUGGAGAUUCUGAUGCGUGUCUAUGGAAGCUUGGGCUGGAAGCAAUUCUGGUAUCGCAAAUUCACGAACAAAACUGACUUUGUUCUCAUGUUGGGCACUAUACUGGGCGAAUUUUCGUUUAUUAAGUCGAGCAAAUAUCAUCAUUUGUUUGUUCUAUUUGCUAUUCUAAGAUCUUAUCGCAUAGCAUAUCUGUUUCCCGGUGUGCUUCAAUUGAUUUCAGAUGUAGUCGGUGAAGGACAAGGCAUUAUAAAUCUUACUUUUUUCACUUUUCUUGUUCUUUUUCUAUUAUCACCAUUAUCUGUUCAACUAUUUGGUGGCGAUUUUACAUUUGUAGACGAAAACGAACCUUCAAUGAGGUUUGACAACUUUUACCAAGCUUUUUUGUCCGUAUUUCAAAUAAUGACAGGUGAAAACUGGACAGAUAUACUUUAUGAUGCAAUGUACAGUCAAGAGUACGCAUCUAUUACUUAUGCUGCUGUCUUUGUCACAUUUCUUUACUUUGCUGUUCAUUAUUUAGUGCUUAACCUUUUUGUCGCUGUCAUUAUGGAGAACUUUGAUCUCGAGGAAGAGGAGAUCAAAAAGAUUCAGAUUAAGAAAUAUAUAAGAGAACGACAGUGGAAGCCUGAGUAUUUUAAACUCGAUAGGAUUACAAGAUUUUUGUUGCCAUUUUCUAUCAUGCAAGACGAAAAGAAGCUCAAAUUGAAAAACAUACCUCAAAGUUUAGUAGCCCGUGUGACAAGCUAUAAAUUCAAGGAAUUUUUUGUCCAGGAGAAUUACAGCGGUGAAGACGAAGACGAAUCUUUAGUUUCCUAUUGUGAACAUGUAUCGCUUCCUCGAAGACUUUUAAAUCUCUUAACAUUUAAAUCAAAUUAUUCACUCUAUCAUCAGUAUCGUCCUUCGUCUAUUUCAUCAAGCAGAAGUAGCGUAGCUAGUAGUCGACGAACAUCUAUAUUCUCUCAGCACAGUACACAUUAUAGUGUUUAUAAUGGCCAUCAUCAAGUGUUACCUGGAUAUUUUACAAGCGAUUUUGAAGAAGAAGAGAUGCCAGUUAAAUAUGGUGAUGAAUAUGAAGUCAAUGUUGCAAAAGAAAACAAGGCAGUUAUUAUCGAAAAUUUGAAUCUUUUUCGCUCUAUGAUGGUACUCGGUAACGACAGUACACUGCGUAAACUGUGUACUAGGCUUGUUGGUAGUCGAAAUUACAAAAAGCUCAUUAUUGCUUUGAUUUGUGUCAGUUCGAUAUUAGCAUUAUGGGCAGAUGAAUCCAGUCGCCUUCGUUAUCCCCAACUUAUUUCGACUUGCAUUGAACCUGUGCACGCGGUCCUUCUUGCCUUUUACUUGACAAAUGCCUUGAUUCAUAUGGUAGCAGAUGGUAUCUUUAUUUUGCCAAAAUCAUAUUUGCGCAAGAUUUGGAAUAUACUUGACGUCUUAGGUCUGCUUACUCAAGUUGUCUUAACGUUAUUGAAUCUAAUCACUAACUCAACUGAAGAAUCAAAACACUAUACAAGCUAUUUGCGAGUGCUAAGGACAAUAAGAUUGCUUCGAAUCAUGUAUCACUUCGAAAAUAUGCGAGUCAUAUUCUUGGAUUUGUUGUAUGGGUUACCGAAAAUGGUUGAUGUAGUGACAUUGAACUUGCUUGUAUUUAUUCCGUUUGCUAUCUAUGGAUACUAUCUGUUUAGCGGCCGAUUCUUACAGUGUAAUGAUGCUAACAUGGGCUCCAGACAAGUCUGCUUGGGUGAAUUCAAGUCCUCAGACGGCGACACAAACGACAUACUAUUGCCUAGAGUAUGGAGAAAUCCUUACGACUAUUCUUUUGACACUUUUGGGAAAUCCCUUUUGCACUUGUUUGAAUGUGCAUCUGGAGAAGGAUGGAUUCGUUCACUAUUUACUGCAAUGAGUAUUGAUGCCAACUCAAAUGAUAUUCAACCUAGAUUCAAUUGGUCUUCAACUGCCAUAUUUAGCUCACUUUAUUAUGUCGUAUUUAUGUUUGUAGCUUCACUUUGCUCGAUUCAACUAUUUAUUGGUGUGUUUUUGGAAAUUUUUAAGCAAAGAAAUGGCAUUGCUUCACUUACAAACACACAGAGACAGUUUCAAGACCUUCAAAGACAACUCUCGUUGAUCAAGCCUUCUAGAAGAGCAUAUAGACCUCCUGAUGGUACAUUACGAGCCACACUUUAUGACCUUGUGAUAGAUAAGCGUGGUAAAUUUGCAAGGUUCAUGGCUGGAGUUAUAAUGGCAAACGUGGUUGUAUUUGCUACUGAGCAUGUAAAUCAGCCAUUAUGGCUCACCAAAUUUCAAACUGUUUCGUCUGGCGUCUUUGUAUGUCUUUAUAUCUUUGAGAUAGUAACAAAGAUUCUUGGACUAGGGUUUUCAAAGUGGAUAUCUGCUAGCUGGAACAUCUAUGAUUUCGCGUUGGUCAGUUUAGUUCUCUUGACAUAUAUUUCAAAGCUGUAUAUUCAGAAUGACUCAUCUUUCAAACUUGGCCUUGAAUUGUCCAGUAAAUUGUUUUCAGUAGGCAUCGCUUUCCGACUAGCACAACGUAUUGAAUCUCUAGACACAUUAUUUAAAUCAAUCAAACGCGCUGCUCCUUCUAUUUUUUCCGUCACUUCUGUGUUUGGAAUAGUCAUGAUCUGUUUUGGUGUCAUAUUUCAAGAAAACUUCUCAUCGACUAGAUAUGGGCCUUAUGGAAAUGAGCAUGCUAACUUUCGAUCAUUGUUUAACACCAUGUUGACCCUAUUUCGUAUUACUACGGGUGAAGAUUGGGAUGCUCUUAUGCAUGAUUUCUUUGUUCUCUCUCCCUCUUGUGUUGGCAAGGAUGAUUGCGGCUCACCUAUGUAUGCAGUAGUCCUCUUUUCUAUUUUUUAUGUUAUUUGUACGUAUAUCUUUGUUAAUCUCUUUACAAUGAUUGUCAUUGAUAAUUUUUCUUUUACCUUUGAUAAAAGAAAUCAAUUUACGUUGAUUACAAGAUCAGACUUAAGAAGCUUUAAAACUGCUUGGUCAAUAUUGGAUCCUUCUGCAACUGGGUUUAUAAACAUUGAUCAAGUACCGCAGUUCUUAAAUUGCUUAAAUGGUAUUUUUUCCAUUCAAGUUUAUGAUAAAGAGCAUAGCAUAAAUGCUUUACUAGACGUUGCUAAUCAGAUUGAUAUAAAUCCUGCACAUUUGGUUACUAUACCUCGGUCGGACGCAUACGUACCUGAUGGCAAUAAUAUAAAUUCAGAAAGAAAUUUCAAUCUCUACGAAUUAAACCAACGACUGUCGACUAUUGAUCCACAAGCUAUUAAAGAAAGAAAGCAAAAAUAUACAGAAGUUUAUCAGGAAAUUAUAAAUUCAGCGUCUCGCAAAGGUAUUGCUUUUCAAGACAUGUUACGUAUUUUGGCGUUACAGCUGGUUGACGUCUCAAAAUCCCUAACGUUUGAUGAGCUUGUUCAUCGCGCUAAAGUCAGGGACAAAAUUGCAAAGCAAUUAGCUAUGGAAAAAGCACGGGGAUUAGUGACUAUGAUAGUCAAAAGGAGAGAAUUUUUGAAAUUGCAUCAAAAAGAAAAGAAUCUAAUGUCUCACCAAAAUCAUCAUGGCCGAGAUAGUAUAGCCAUAGUAGGAAAAUGGCUAAAACUGCCUCAUGUCGAUAGGAAAGUAGCCUCCCCUAUAAAGAAGCCGCCUAGUAUUAUGCGGCCUAUACAACAAUCUAAUGAAAACUAUCAAACUAAUAGUAAUGAAAGCUCUGUACCUAAAAUCGUAGUGCAAAAUUUUGAUGGAAAAAGUGAUGAUGACUUGACAAACGUAUGUUCAUCAUUUGACAAUCAGCAAAAUGCAUCGAAGCUAUUUGAACAAUCCUCUGCAGAGUGGUAUCCUAAAACAAAUGCUUCAGAAACUUUUUUAAGAAGAUCAUCAUCUGCUUCAACUAUUAACAAAGCACCAGAAAAUUCAAUGCUUCAAAAUUGGCCUAGAAGAAACUCGACUAAUUCAGCUCAAUUUAUUAGAAAAGCACAUUCCAUGCCUUCUAUUUUGAUGAGCAUGGGAGCAGAAACUAUUUAUAACCAAGUUUUGAGUAGUGAUAUACAUUUGUCUACAGAUGAGGAUGCUUUCACCAAGUGUUAUUCAUUAGACGAUAUAGCAAAAGAUAUGAACGAACAAAUGGCUAAUGAAAUUAUGUGUAAAUUCCAGAGUAGUAUAUGGUCAGGUAUGCAGUGCAUUCAUUUUCAUAUAAUAGGAAUGAUGCUCAUAUAUAUGCCUCAAAAUAGAUAUGCUCGUUGAAUUAGAAUAGGGCUUUAGCGCACGAUUAUUCUUGUCUAUGUAUGUUUGAUCAGAACAAGAUUUAAAUAAAUCUAAUGAAAUUAAAUUUUACUGAUAGAUUUCAGAGAAAAAUCAAUGUAU